AUGGGCAGCUCCCCCUCCAAGCCGCCCACCGUCUGGGAUCCCGCCCGCUACAUCGACCCCGCCAGAUCAGACGACGACGACGACGACGACGACAGGCCCUUUGCCCUGCUGAUCCUCAACCAGGAGAUUACCGACCUCGAGCUGUUUGAGAACAUCUGGGCAAACAGCAGCUUCCGCGUCUGCGCCGACGGCGGCGCAAACCGCCUCUACACGGCACUACAAACCGACGCCGCCCGCGAACUCAUGCUCCCAAACGCAAUAGUCGGCGACCUCGACUCCCUCCUCCCCUCCAUCCACGCCUACUACGCCGCCCACGGCGUACCAGUCCUCAAGAAUCCCGACCAGGACAGCACCGACUUCGGCAAGUGCCUCGACUACAUCAGCCAGCACACGGGCCUGCAGUCGCCCGAGUUCACCGAGACGCACGACGCGCUCGAGGGCUGGCGCGGCGUGCGCGUCUCCGCCACGCACAGCCCCAUCCCCGUUGUUGCGCUGGGGGGGUGGGGCGGGAGGGUGGAUCAGAGUUUACAUUCGAUACAAGCGCUCCACACAUCCGCCAACACCCGCCCCACGCGGCGCCUCACGCUCGUCUCCUCCGAGAACAUCACCUUCCUCCUCACGCCCGGCUCGCACAUCAUCUACACCCCGCGGCACCUUCUCGGGCUCACAUGCGGGAUCCUGCCGAUCGGCGGCGCGGCGACGGUGACGACGCAGGGGCUGCGGUGGAACCUGCGGGACGCCGAGACGCGGUUUGGCGGGCUGGUGAGCACGAGUAACCAUUUGGCGGGUGACGAGGUGGUGGUGGAGACGAGUGGGUGUGUGGUGUUUACGGUGGAGAUACGGGGGGGUGACUGUGGGGGGGUGGGGGUGGAGAGGGCGGCGACGUUGUAG